ACCAACUGUAGGUUCUCUAUUCAUUAAUCAUAGCUAGGAUAUUCUAUCAUUCUCUCUCAAACUAUAGCAUUGGAAUUUGAUACUAUACAAACAAAUAUUUUGGAUUUAUAAGAAAUUAUGAGAAAUUAUAUGGAAAGAUUUGUUGUUCUUCCUUUCUCUUUGAGGUGUGCUUCACAUUCAAGUGUGGAGUUAGGUGAACCCAAAGAAUCAAAAGACUCUAUUGUUUCAAAAAGACAAGAAGGACAAAUCAUCAGAACUAAAAUGGAGAAAAAAAGAUCUUCUGGAUUUUUUGUUCUUCCAAAGGCUCAUGUAGCUGCAGGCAUACAGAGAUUGAUCAAGGGUAUCCAGAGUUUUUCUCAAUUAUUUUUUUACAAAGAGCACAUUGAAGAGAUGGAACAAGACAUGGAAAUUGGGUAUCCAACAGAUGUGAAGCAUGUAACACAUAUUGGACUUGAUGGGUCAACAACCACAAAUAAUGUUAAGGGUUGGGACAAUCUUAAACCACCUGAAUUACUUUCUAUAAAUCCAAUUACUUUAAAGCAAUUUGAAUUAGCCAUGGCCACCCAAGCUCACCAACCACUCAUUGAUGAUUCUUUUCCAAAUUGUGAUUAAAAGUAUACUUGUGGGACUCAUUAUUGUUGCCAUUGUAAUAAGUCUCUUCUAAUUGUAGAUUAAUAUUGAUCAUGCUUGAUAAAUGUGUAGAAAUUCACAUGGUGCAUAAAAUUUAAUUUCAUUAAUAUUUGUAACAAUUUUCUUUGGACUUUCACUUGUUUUGAUUGAUUC